GGCAACGCUGUCGGGCACUUGCGAGAAAAAAACGCUUCUGGAACGCGUGCAGGCGUGCAGGCCGCGUAGUGUGUGGAACGGCAGUAUUGCUGCUCAGCGAGUCCUAUAAGAAGGCACAGCUGCUGAACAAUGGCUGCACAGAUAUUCAACACUCUUGGCAAGCUUGGCAUUGGCCUAGCAGUUGUGGGAGGCGUGGCCAACAGUGCUUUGUACAACGUGGAUGGCGGCCAUCGGGCAGUGAUCUUUGAUCGCUUCACGGGCGUCAAAAACUAUGUGGUUGGUGAAGGCACACAUUUCCUCAUCCCCUGGGUCCAGCGGCCAAUUAUUUACGACGUGCGUUCACGGCCACGCAAUGUGCCUGUUGUAACUGGCAGUAAAGACUUGCAGAAUGUGAACAUCACACUGCGGAUCCUGUUUCGGCCUGUGCAAGAGCAGCUGCCUCGCAUGUACACAACCUUGGGUGUGGACUAUGACGAGCGUGUGCUCCCCUCCAUCACCACUGAGGUGCUGAAGGCAGUCGUGGCCCAGUUUGAUGCCAGUGAAAUGAUCACCCAGCGAGAGGUGGUCUCCCAGAAGGUGUGUGAUGAGCUGACAGAGCGGGCCUCUCAGUUUGGCCUCAUCCUGGACGACAUCUCAAUUACGCACCUGACCUUUGGCAAGGAGUUCACACAGGCCGUCGAGAUGAAGCAGGUGGCCCAGCAGGAGGCUGAGCGGGCUCGCUUCCUGGUUGAGAAAGCCGAGCAGCACAAGAAGGCGGCUGUCAUCACGGCAGAGGGUGACUCGCAGGCCGCAGCUCUGCUUGCGAAGGCUUUUGGCGAGGCUGGCGAUGCGCUGGUGGAACUUCGGCGGCUUGAAGCAGCCGAAGACAUAUCAUACCAGCUGUCACGCUCGCGUAAUGUAGUCUAUCUUCCUGCAGGACAGAGCACGCUGCUCAGCCUGCCACAAUAGUGCUACAAGCAACGCUAGAUUAAGUGGAUGUAGUGGAAUUCAGCGCCCUGCAGAGAAAACAUGUAGGGUGAGCAUGAUGAUUGACAGUGCAAUCAUAUCAGUAUCAUGUAAAUGACUUGUGCUGUGCUUUAUACAAGUGACGCCUUGUGGCUAAUUAAAAGAACAUAAAUACUUU